UUAUCGAGAAAUUUUGAUUUCCUGAAACAAUUUUGAUUGAUUUUUAUCAUAUGAUUUGGUUUUGUGGGGUGAUUGAUUCAGAUUUAAGAUUCUUUAGCGUUUUGGUUGUUCUCUUAUAGGUUCUGUGUGUGAUAUACGUUACGAGGUUAUAGUAUCGUCGUCGAAGAGUAUGAAGCGUAAAAGCGGACAUAAGAAAGGGAAGAAGUCUAAAAAGUCUAAGACUAUCAAUGAAGAAGGGAACUUGAAUGAGUCUACCGAAAACGCGGAGAAUCAAACCUCUGAGCAAAGUUCUGAAGCUCCUGUGGAGUGUGAGAAUGAUGAAUCUAAAAUGGAGGUUGAUGCUCCUUUGUCUACUGGGACUGGUAAUUCACCUGUUGCUAGUGUAGAUAUAGCUGAUAGUAUAGCGGCGAAGUCAGUUGCGCGAGUUAAGGUUAAAUUGAAGACUUCAAAAGCACCAGAACCUGAUGAGACCUUGGGUAAUGAUAUCGAUAAAGCGGUGUCUGAAAAACCUGUUGUGCCUGCUGAGAAAAAGGAGGAAUUGGUUCCUCCUCGUUUGCCUGAGAGGAAGCCGGUGUUUUUGAAUGUUUACAGGAAAACUAAAGGUAUAAAGAUUAAGACUUCAAAGGCGGUUGAUGGGUCUAGCUCGGUUACUGAGAAGAGUGCUGAUACUGUCAAGAAAGAGGAGAAGAAGACUGAUCAAAAUUCACGAUACAAUAAGCAAGAACUGGAAGAUUCUCUUACAGUGAUCAAGAAGAUUAUGAAGAUGGAUGCUGCUGAUCCUUUUAAUGUUCCUGUGAACCCAGAAGCUCUUGGAAUUCCUGACUACUUUGAUAUCAUCAAGACACCUAUGGAUUUUGGAACAAUAUGCAAUAAUUAUGAGAAAGGCAACAAGUAUAUGAAUUCUGAGGAUGUUUACAAGGAUGUCAACUACAUAUGGAAUAACUGUUCCAAGUACAAUAAGAAAGGUGAUUAUAUUGUCGAUCUGAUGAAGCGAGUGAAGAAAAAUUUCAUGAAGUACUGGACUGCAGCAGGGUUGUAUACUGAGCAAUCAGCAGCAGAAAAUACAGAGGAUGGUGGGAAGGCAUCCACCAAAGGUAGUCAAUCAAAGCAGAAGAGUCAUAAACGCCAUGGAAGGCACCACAAGAGUGAUUGCAUGUGUGCGGUAUGUGUUCUGAAGCGACGUAAAAGAGAACGUGAGCGAGACUCUGGAGCACAAGAGGAAUCCUCACCUGCGGGAAGUCCUUCUGUGGAUAAUUCAUCAAUAAACAUGGGUGAGGAGCAGGACAUGGAUAUUGAUGUUGACAAAACUGAACAAGAAAAAACAGAAAUCGUGGAACUAGAUAGUCCGGUAUCAAAAACACAAAGAGUGACUGAAAAUAAACAAGAGGUGGAGGAAGAGGAAAACGUUGAAGUGGAGAGUGAAAAUAAAACCGAAGCUAAUGUAGAGGACAAGACUCAAUCGAUUGAUAGAUCAAUGGAAGAGACUGGCGAUGAACCUGUGACUAGUGCUGCAGAGAAAUCGGUUGUUUUAGCUUCCCUUGAAGGUCCAAAAUCGACUCAGAAUGAGGAAGAAGAGAAGGAAAAACAACUCCAAGAGCAAAAGAAACGGCAGGAGUUAGAGCGUAAAGAAUGGAGAAUAAAGAUGCAAGAAAAGUUCCAAGUCAGAAACCCGCAGCUUCUAAGUCUCUGUGAAACUCUCUUCCCUAAUGAAAACAACCACAAUUCCGUAUGGAACGGACCUCACUCGCUGUUUAAACGUCGAGGAGGUUCUUCAAAUCAUAGUAGUGCUUUACACAAAGCAAUAGAGACGAGCGAGAUUCGUCGACGAUUGGUUCCGAUUAGGGUUUUGAAAUUCCGAUUCGAUUUGGGUUCUUCGAUAGAAAUGGAAACGGCGAUGAUUAGUUCGGCGAGUAGUGUACUCGCAAUGCUCAACGAAACACAUCCUUCACUGAAACUUCAAGCGCUCAUAAAUCUCAACAGAUUUGUUCAUCAAUUUUGGCCAGAGAUCUCCGCUAGUCUCCCAAUCUUAGAGUGCUUAUAUGAAGAUGAAAAGUUCGAUCAGCGUUUUAGACAGCUUGCUGCAUUGCUGAUCUCUAAGGUUUUCUAUUACUUGGGUGAGAUUAACGAUUCACUGUCCUCUGCACUUGGAGCUGGAUCUUUUUUGGCUGUGCCGGAUGAAUCGGAUUAUUAUCAUACUCUUCUAGCCAAAGCAAUAGAUGAGUAUGCUAGUCUCAGAUCAAAGGCAGUCGAGUUAAAUGAGAUGGUGGACAUUGACCACAGACUGGAGGCUAUUGUUGAAAAAUUGUUUGAAAAUGAUGGAAAGUAUCAGCAAGCCAUGGGCAUUGCUAUAGAAUGCCGGAGAUUGGAUAAGUUGGAAGAAGCUAUAACGAAGAGCAAAGAUGUUCAGAAAAGUUUAUCUUAUUGCAUCAAUGUUUCUCACUCUUUUAUUAACCGUAUAGAAUAUAGAUUUGAGGUUCUUCGGUUACUUGUUAAUGUCUACCAGAAGCUGACUUGUCCUGAUUAUUUGAGCAUUUGCCAGUGCCUUAUGUUCUUGGAUGAACCGCAAGGUGUUGCAAGCAUAUUGGAGAAACUUAUUCGUUCGGAGGACAAAGAUGAUGCUUUACUGGCGUUGCAAAUUGCUUUCGAUCUUGUAGAGAAUGAGCAGCAGGCAUUUCUCAUGAGUGUUAGAGACAGCCUUCCAAUGCCCAAGACCCUUCCUGUAGUAGCUGUUCAAGCUGCUGAAACCUCUACCGCUCAGAGGGAGAACACUGCCGGGGAUGUCCAGUUGACAGAUGAAACAGAUCAUGCGGAUGCUGUGUACACUGAGAGGUUAACAAAGGUUAAGGGAAUUUUAUCUGGAGAGACAUCAAUACAGCUGACCCUCCAGUUUCUUUACACAAAUGAUAUAUCAGGCUAUUUGAUCCUGGAGACAAAUGAACAGUCUGAUGAAUCGUGGUACAGUGAAUUGCACGGUGCUAUAAUAUAUGCGAAUGCGAUAAAGCAUGCUAGAACAGCGAGGGACGAAUUUUAUGAGGAAAAUUCGGUUUGGCUAAGUAGGGCCACCACUUGGGCUAAGUUUAGUGCUAUAGCGGGAUUAGGUGUUAUUCAUAGAGGUCAUCUACAACAAAGUAGGUCAUUGAUGGCCCCAUAUUUGCCUCAAGGCGGAGCAACUGGUGGCGGGAGUUCUUAUUCUCAAGGUGGUGCUUUAUAUGCCCUUGGCAUUAUUCAUGCCAACCAUGGCGAGGGAAUUAGGCAAUUUCUUCGUGAUAACCUACGCAGUACUAGUGUUGAGGUUAUUCAACAUGGAGCUUGUUUAGGUCUUGGUUUGGCAUCUCUUGGGACAGCUGAUGAAUGCAUAUAUGAUGAUAUCAAAAACGUGCUCUACACUGACAGUGCAGUUGCUGGUGAAGCUGCAGGCAUCAGCUUGGGUCUAUUAUUUGUUGGAACUGCAACCGAUAAGGCAAAUGAGAUGCUUGCUUAUGCUCACAAGACUCAGCAUGAGAAAAUAAUAAGGGGAUUGGUUCUAGGAAUAGCUCUCACAGUAUAUGGUAGAGAAGAGGGAGCUGAUACUUUAAUUGAGCAGAUGACUAGAGAUCAGGAUCCUAUAAUUCGUUAUGGUAGAAUGUACACACUGGCAUUGGCUUACAGAGGAACCGCAAACGGCAAAGCCAUCCGCCAACUUCUGCACUUUGCUGUCUCUGAUGUUCCCUGUAUUGUAUCCCUGAUUUCCCAGUCGUACAAUCCGCAUGUCCGCUAUGGCUCGGCUCUUGCAGUAGGUAUCUCUUGUGCAGGCACUGGCCUUAGUGAGGCGAUAUCUUUGUUGGAGCCACUUACAUCAGAUGUGGUUGACUUUGUUCGUCAAGGUGCUCUGAUUGCCAUGGCGAUGGUGAUGGUCCAAAUUAGUGAAGCAAGCGAUUCUCGCGUUGGAGCAUUUAGGCGCCAACUUGGGAAGAUUUUACACGACGGGCUUGCAGAUGAUAUGAGCAAUAAUAUGGGAGCAUAUUUGGCGUCAGGUAUUCUUGAUGCUGGUGGAAGUAAUGUGACAAUACGACUUCUCUCUAAGACAAAACAUGACAAAGUCACUGCAGUCAUUGGCCUUGCAGUCUUCAGCCAGUUUUGGUAUUGGUACCCGCUGAUAUAUUUCAUAAGCUUGGCGUUCUCACCAACCGCGUUCAUCGGUUUGAACUACGAUCUCAAAUUCCCAAAGUUUGAAUUCAUGUCGCAUGCAAAACCAUCUUUGUUUGAGUAUCCAAAACAAGCUACGGUUGUUACUGCCUACACUGCUGCCAAAUUACCAACUGCUCUGCUCUCAACCUCAGCAAAGGCCAUUAAAUCUAGGGAUAAGAACAAGAACGAAACAGAGCAGAAAAUUAUUGCUGAAAAAGCAGCCAGUGCCGAAAAGUCUUGCAAUGAAAGUGGAGCUGGAAAAGGCAAGGCAUCAAUUGAGAAGGAAACAGACACUGUGCAGGUCGACAGCACAGCAACAAUGGAGAAGACGGCUAUGUCAGAAGCAAUGUUUGAGAUUCUAGCUAACCCCUCGCGGGUACUCCCUGGACAGGAGAAAUACAUAAAGAUGAUAGAGAGCAGCAGAUACGUACCGAUGAAGCUAGCUUCAUCAGGGUUCGUCCUUCUCAAGGACUUGCAUCCGAUGUAUCCCAAGUUUGGAGAUGUGGAAUUUACUACAGUUCAAGAUGGUGGAGGCCUCGAUUUCAGAGAGGUUUGUUCCGUACCAAAACUUGGUAAGGUCACUUGUUGUCAUUUCUCAUCGGAUGGGAAAUUCUUGGCGAGUGCUGGACAUGAUAGGGAGCCUGGUUACUACUGCCUAGGAACAAUGGAUGAUCAUACAGCUCCUGUGAUGUCCCUUGACUUUCACCCUAAGAAAACCGAGAUGUUUUGCUCUUCUGAUAGCAGCGGUGUAAUCCGCUACUGGAACAUCGAUACAUUUUCUUCUCUUGAUACUUUGGAGGCAAGCUUCACAACUUUCUCUUACCAUUCUCAGCCUUUGAUCUCUGUUUUCGAAUCUUUAGACUUUCCAAGCAGGGGGGAGAACGGUGCCAGCAGGUCCGGUUCCAGCCACCAGAUGGAAAAUAUCUUGCUGCAGCUCUUCAAAACUUCGUGUCAAUUGUGGAUGUUGAAACUCAUCAACUGAUUUUCCGGUUAGAGGUAGAAGAUUUAUUGAUUGAAAGUUUUUUCAGUAUUAGAAAGAGAUUCACAGUACCGUUAAUAUCUUCCUAAUCCUGAUGUGUUUUAUUGUUUGAUGUCACGUGUCUCGUUGAUUUUGAUAGGGAUAUGACACCAAUGUACUAUAUGUUUCCUGGGACAAAACUGGGAAGUAUUUAGCAUGUAUUACCGAAGACUCUGUAAGCGUGUGGACAUUAGCAGAAAACAAAUUCCGCGAGUUAAA